AUGAAAACCAUUCCUUCUCCUUAUACGUAUCUAAAGUCGGUGAAUAUUUGCACAUACAAUUCCGACAUUACAUUCAUACCAAAGAUAUCCAUUAGCGCCGCAGACUUUGCGAUCGAAACCUACUUCGCGAUCCGAUUGUUCUUGAUACUCAGAAAAGUGAAUAAAGAUGCAGUGCAAAUCGAAUCUUCCGUAGAUGGAAAGUUAAAGCUUGCCGCAUUUACAUCAAUCAUGCGCUGGAAUUUCAUCCGUUUACUUGUAGCCUUUGGACAGAAUGUGACCGGGUUAAUCGUCUCAACUGUGAACCACACUGUUCUCGUUAAUUACGACGAAGCUACGGUCCAGCUCUUCUUCCAAAGCUUUUUCUUUGUGCUCAUGUCCUAUGCCGUAACCGUUGAUGCCGAAACUGUUGACAAAUAUCAACCUGAUCAAAACGGGCCGAUUUAUUUAGAUUUCCAGGAACAUGGCUUUUCCACGCGAAAAAAUUCUAUUUCCAGUAUUGAAAAUUAUAAAGUCAAUAAUGCGCCCACGAAGAGAUUUUCACUCUUCGAGUGGACUAAUCUGGUUCUGAGCUCUUAUCGCGAAAAGGCUAAACAAAAAGAACUGGGGGAAAUUGUUGAAGGAUCCUCCGAUUUAAAUCUCGAGGAAACAUCAUAA